CCCACCACCCACACAACGUGGCUCUAUAAAAGUAACCAAAAUGAAAAUUAGGGUUUCACUGCUGGCUAUUGCAUUCCUUUCUUCGCUUCCCUUUCACUGUGCAUACAGCGCCUCCGAUCUCGUAACCAUGACUAAGAGAACAAAGAAGGCUGGCAUCGUUGGAAAAUACGGUACCCGUUAUGGUGCUAGUCUGCGGAAGCAGAUUAAGAAGAUGGAAGUUAGUCAACACAGCAAGUUUUUCUGUGAAUUUUGUGGAAAGUAUGCUGUGAAGAGGAAAGCAGUGGGAAUAUGGGGAUGCAAGGACUGUGGCAAAGUGAAAGCAGGCGGUGCCUACACUUUGAAUACCGCAAGUGCUGUGACUGUACGGAGCACCAUCAGGAGGUUGAGGGAACAAACUGAGGGUUAAGCUUUUUGGUCGAUUUGAGUCUUUUUCUAUAAACUAGACUCGCGAGUUUCUCCUAGUUUCUUUUCAGAGAACUAUAUUGAUUGUAUUCGAAGUUAACUUUUAUUUCAAAGUUUUACCUGUGAUGACAAGUAAUUUUGGUUGCCUGGAACUCUUUCUGCUAGAGCAACUUAGUUUCAGUUUCCUUUUGUUGUUUGCUGCUGCAAUUGGCUCAUUGUUUCUUUUAAUGCUUGCUAAGCUAAGCUGAAUUUAACUUGCCCCCCAAAUGUUCUUGAGAGCUUUUACUAUGUUAGUUUCCUAUGAUUUUGA